AUAAAAAGUGAUUAGUGUUUUUAUAAUUAUGGCUGUUGAUAGACUGAUAUGGAAGAUAGCAUUGGAUUUCUUUGUCCUUCUCUGCGUGGCGUUUCCCCUGCUCGGUUUGCUGCUGUGGGCGGAACCUUACCACCGCGGCUACUUCGCCGACGACUACUCGUUGCGGCUUCCCUACAAACAGCAGCAGAUCUCUGAGGGCUUGCUGGCGGGUCUCGGCUUCGCGUUCAUUAUUGUAACGGUUGUAAUCACGGAGUUUGUGCGCGAUAAGCGUGGGAACAGUGUGGGCGAGAAGUUUGUAAGUGGGUGGUUGGUGCCGGGGUGGGCGUGGGAGAGUUACGUGACGGUUGGGGUGUACACGUUUGGAGCCGCCUGCCAGCAGCUCACCGUUAACGCCGCUAAAUACGUCAUCGGCAGACUGAGGCCACAUUUCUUUGAUUUAUGUAGGCCGAUCCCUAACUCAUCGUCCCCACUGAACGAGCUAGGGUACAUCCAGGCGUACACGUGCUCGGGAGCCAGCGCAGCGCAGCUCAAGGAGAUGCGCCUAAGCUUUCCCAGUGCACACGCCAGCUUCGCCAUGUACACUGCUGUCUUCUUUAUUUUCUACAUCCAGGUGAAGGGCAAAUGGCGCGGCUCGAAGUUGUUACGUCACGGCUGUCAGUUUGCGGCGCUGAUCGCAGCGUGGUACGUGGGCCUGUCGCGAGUGGUCGACCACAUGCACCACUGGAGUGAUGUCACUGUCGGAUUCAUUGUGGGAUUCGCUUUUGGUGCUAUUAUAUUCGUGUAUGUCUUGAAACCGAAGAAAUAUGGUAUGCCACGGUCUUGGGAGACGGGGCCUCCUGAAAUGCUUCCACAGCCCGUAAUGUCCCGAUGACUACACGCUGAAGUUGUUAUUCUAUCGUAGUAUAAUGAAACACUCUUAGCCCAAAUGUGUAGGCAGUGUUCUUAUUUAAACAGCCAUAUUUGUAUAUUGACCUGAAUUAAGAAAUAAAACGAUGUAUUUUUAUGAAUUUUUAUAUAUUAGACACUACAAAAAGGUGAA